AUGUCGUUCGGUUUCAAGGAAAAGGGCAACCAGCUCUUCAAGGAUGCCGACUAUGCUGGUGCGGAGGAGAUGUACUCUCAAGCCAUCCAAAUGAACCCCAAAGAACCCAGCUUCUUCACCAACCGCGCCGUCACGCGCCUCCGCCUCGAAAAAUGGGCCGGCGCCGAACACGACUCCCGCAUCGCCAUCGAUUUAAACGGGGGACCCAAAGCCACCGCCAGCCUCAAGGGCUCAUAUUACCUGUCGCAAGCCCUCCUAGAACUUCAACGGCCGCAAGAAGCCUACGACGUCGCCAUUGAUGCCUACAGAUUGAGCCUCAGCGCGAUGAACGCGCAAACAGAGAACCUCUCGAAGAUUGUGCUGCGCUCCAAACAGCAAAUCUGGGCCGCAAAGGAGACGGCAAGGCUUAGAGAGAUGGAUGAUACGCUGGCUAGUGUUGAGGGGCUGAUUGAGGCUGAUUUGGAGCGGGAAUUGGGCGAUUUGAAGGCGCAGUUGGAGAAAGGGGAAAUUGGGGAGAUUGGGUUCAAUGAGGAUCAGAAGGCGCUACGCGCGGAGGCAGAGAAGAAAAUUAGGCACGUCCGGGAAGCUUUUAAGAGUGCCUCGGAUGCGAGGAUUGAGGAGCGGGUCGUCCCCGACUAUCUCAUCGACAACAUCACCUUCGAAGUCAUGCACGACCCCGUCAUGACCGUGUCAGGCCACAGCUUCGACCGCAUUGGCAUCACGAAAUACCUCGAGCAGUCGCGCGUUGACCCGGUGACUCGCGCACCCAUGACCGUUAAGGACCUGCGACCAAACUUUGCACUCAAGGCAGCAUGUGAAGAAUUCCUGACCAAGAACGGCUGGGCUGUUGACUAUUGA